AUGAUUAACAAGCACUUCUUUGAAAUCAUGUUGGUGCUGCUGGCCACUUCCACUGUCUUUUCCCUAGAACUGAAAAUGGUUCUCUUUCAACAAAGAAGAGUGAACAGAGAAAGUGUAAAACUUUUGAAUAAGUUGCCAACCUCAUCAAUGCAGCAGUGUCUACCACACAGGAAAAACUUCCUGCUUCCCCAGAAGUUGGUGAAUCCUCACCAGUACCAGAAAGAGCACACACUGGCCAUUCUUCAUGAGAUACUUCAGCAGAUCUUCAACCUCUUCAGGACAAAUACUUCUCUGGAUGUUUGGGAGGAGAGCCACGUGGAGAAGUUCCUCACUGAACUUCAUCAACAGCUGGAAUACCUAGAAGUGCUCAUGGGACUGCAAGCAGAGCAGAAAAGUGGCACCAUAGAUAGUGAGAACCUUAGGUUGCAGGUUAAAAUGUACUUCCGAAGGAUCCACGAUUACCUGGAAAACCAAAAAUACAGCAGCUGUGCCUGGACCAUUGUCCGAGUAGAAAUUAACCGGUGUCUAUUCUUUGUGUUCCGACUCACAGGAAAGCUGAGCAAACAAGAAAUGGACCCUUGAACCAUGUGAAGCAAGAGGCAACUGCAGGCUUUAAAAGCAUAGGGUGAAGAGAAGACUUUAAGUAUUAUGAUUUGCUCAAAGUAACAGCAAGCCACAGAGAUAGCAAAUGCCCGAGAAAGAUUCCCUCCCAAGUCUGCCUGACUUGAAAGCCAGCACUAUGUUCUAAACACCACCAACCUCAACGACAUCAUACUAUAUCACUGCAAAGUAAUGAUAGCACUAAUGAUAAUAAUUUCAUCUUGAUUUUUCUUAUUCAAUUUCACACACUCUCUGCAGUCCUCGGUUAAAGAAAGGACAUUUUCUCCACCUGGACGUUUCUUUCUUAA